AUGCUUAAUUUACUACCUGCUACUCUUCGCUUCUUACUUGGCUCAAUACUUUGGCUCGACUUCUCUCAGCCACCUGCUGUCCUGCCAGCCCGGACCCCGCUGUCCUUCCAGCUGCGGCACGAGCAUGCUCUAACUAAUGAUUCUCGGGUGAUCUUCUCCAAUGUGGAUCCAUCAUUUGCCGCAGAUUCGUUCGUUAUGAGUACAUCGAAUAUCCAAACCCACAGACCGCAGUCGGCGAAGGCAUUUCAUAGUGCUCGACUACGCUCUAUUAGAUAUGACCAGAGCGAACAGGUAUUGUGGGAUACAGCCGACGUCCUCGGACCGAACGUUGAAGAGAGAGAGACGCUGCUUACGCUUGCGAAGAUGACCUCUAAUGCAUAUACGUCAUCCACUGCGUCAGAUUGGUACACACCGGAAGGCUGGAAUAAGUCUACACCGUUUGGUUGGGAACCUGACGCAGAUGGCAUUCGAGGGCAUAUCUUUGUCUCGGACGACAACUCAACAGUGGUGCUUUCGAUCAAGGGUACUUCCGCUGGCUGGAUUACAGGUGGUGGUGGCCCAACUGUACGAAAGGAUAAGCUGAACGAUAAUCUUUUGUUUUCUUGCUGCUGUGCAAGAGUUGGUCCGACUUGGUCAACGGUUUGCGAUUGCCACCAGGGUGGCUCUAAAUGUGACCAGGAAUGUCUGGAGAGGAGUUUGAUGGGGGAGAACUUAUAUUAUUCUGUUGGAGUGAAUUUAUAUAAUAACAUCACAUAUUUGUAUCCCCAUGCCAAUAUCUGGCUCGCAGGGCAUUCUCUCGGUGGCUCCCUCGCCUCACUUAUCGGUGUGACAUUUGGAGCGCCUGUCGUCGCAUUCGAAGCGCCCUCCGAGAAAUUAGCCGCGACGCGUCUGCACCUGCCUUCUCCGCCCUCGACACAACACAUCACCCACGUCUUCCACACAGCUGACCCUAUUCCAAUGGGCACCUUGUACUGGUGCUACGCUAUGGAGACACGCUGCCAUCUGGGAAAGGUCAUCCGCUACGAUACCGUCACGCAUCUCGGAUGGUCUGUUGACGUACGGACACACUCGAUCGUUCAAAUCAUCGAUAGGUUGUUGAGUGAGGAUUGGACUCAGGAAGGACAGGAGGGCAGGACGGUGCCUGAGGCGAAGGCGGAUGAUGAAGACUGUGUUGAUUGCUUUAACUGGGAGUUUGGCAGCUUUAAGGGCCGGAGUUAA